AUGAACUAUAUGCCUGGCACUGCCAGCCUUAUCGAGAACAUCGACAAAAAGCACUUGGUCCUGCUUCAAGAUGGAAGGACACUUAUAGGUUUUCUAAGAAACAUCGAUCAGUUCGCUAACUUAGUGCUACAUCCAUCUGUAGAGCACAUUCACGUGGGCAAAAAGUACAGUGCUAUUCCUCCAGGGAUUCUUGUGGUCAGAGGAGAAAAUGUGGUCCUACUAAGAGAAAUAGACUUGGAGAAGGAGAGCGACACGCCCCUCCACCAAGUGUCUAUUGAGGAGAUCCUAGGAGAACAGGGUAGAGCAGCAGACCAGACUGUAGACAGAGACGCUGAAGGUCCAGGCCCUUAA